CGAUCGUUCGCGUGCCAUCGCACUGCAUUCCACUUAUAUUUAAUCCACGGUGGGUAUAUUUUCGAAUCCGCCCACCUAAAAAUAGCCGGAACGCGUUUCGUUGCAUUCCUACGUUGUAUUUAGAUAUAGUAACACAUGCCCAAGGGAAACACCUUCGCGCCUUUUACAUAAUUAAUGAACCUGUCUUAUGAAAAACGCGGAGCGUUUCUAGUAAAAUGAGAAGAGAGACCGAGAGAGCGGGAGGUAAGACGGAACUGGGCAGAGGCGAAGAGAGAAAACCGAUAGAGCGGGAGCUAAAUAAGAAACCCUGACGAUAAGCCACGAAGCGUAUACGACGGCCUGUACAAUGACGUCGCGUUCUGUCAUCCGGCGCGCUACCUCUCCGGGCCUCUGAGGCCUCUCCACUACCACCGGCUCAGCCAUUAUAGUGGAACAGAACUUGAUCGGUUCACAACUAUACAUACACAUAGUGGCAGGCCUUUGAACGGUGCGCGCCUCGUGUCUUCUGCACGCCGUACCGCGUUUCUUCCUCCCUUUCUCGUUCCUUUCGCCGUUUUUCUGCCGGCUCCGCGCGAUUAUCUCCCUCCCUCCGGUCUAUAGUCUUCACCUGCGCGACGAUAAACCCUGCCGGUCGCUUCCGAUCGCUCCGUAAACAAAGGGGACGACGACACCGCGACUUUGCGCCGUCGUCCGAUCAUCGGCGAUCCUCGUUAGUAAACAAAAGGGAUGAAAGGUCGAACCCGUUAGCCAAUCACGGGAACGUCGUUAGCUACGUCAUCGACCUUAGACGGGACGACGAUGAUCGUUAUGCCGUAUAUUUGAACGAGGUUUCGCACGUUUCGAACAGUAUGAGAAGUCGAACGCAAACAUGAGGUUCUCGCUCUGCAUUUACUGGAUCGCCUUCCUAUCGCCGUUAAUCGGUUCGAUUACGAGCGCGAAGGAUCUUCAAGAGGAGCAUGAAACUACAGAUCUGAAACUGAUCGAGGAUGAAAUAUUAGCUCUGAUACAGCAGGAUUCCAGUUGGAUGAUCGACGAAUCGGCUCGUAGCAAACGGAACGGAGAGAUCGAGGUUGAGCGGAUUCUCACGAGGCAUAAGAAACACCGAAAACGGCGUCGCUGUAAAAAUCAAUCCACCACGUGUCUUCGGGGCACGUCCACGACACCGCGAGGCGACGAAGCUCCGGUCGAUGAAACUUCAGAAAAAUUGAAAUUAGCUACAGAGAGCGACGAUCGCGUACAGGACUCGCACACUGAGACCAAGGAAAAGGAUCAUAACAUUAACCAUUCACUGAGGGAGAACGAUGGAAUUAUACCAGAGAGAAACGCAUCCAUCAAUCAAAAUUUAUCCGAUUUGAAACUGACAAAUUCGUCCGACGGUCGAUCCACUGCCAGCGAAUCCGAAUUGCCACGCGCGAAUCCAUCUUUCCAAACGAGCCGAAAAGACCGACCAAAAAAGGGCGAAAUUAGUGAUAACGACGAUUAUGUGGACGAGGAGCCUUCGGCUAUGUACUCGGCCGUCGACGAACAAUACGCGAUUCCCGAGAGCAUAACUGUACUCUUAAACAAAUUAUUCCAAGCCCUCGGGAACACAACGAACGACCAGGACACUCUUAACGACUCGACUUCCACGAAUGAAACAACCGAAGACCCCUGCCAGAAGUGGAUAAAUAGCAAGGACAAGUUCAACGACGUGUUCGCAAGUAGCCUAACGGUAUUGCCCGCGUGUCCCUGCUUAUACCCGAACAACAUUGUUUAUGAUGACAAAAUUUGGGACGAGAAACGGAAGAAAAAUUUUCGGUGGCGAGACGUGAGCGGCGAAUCUCACAGGCUCGACGUCUACAAAUCCGGUGCCACUUAUUGCAUACGCUCGGCACUGACUCAGGGAACCGGAAGUGCAGCCGCUCAACACUGCUGUUACGAUUCGGACAGGAAACUCCUGACCCGUGGUUCCGGUGCCGGCACCCCGCACUUCAUAAGCGCGGAGGUAUCGACUAUAUUGCACGAGAAGCUCGACAUCUUACCCUGGAGACUUUGCAAGGGUGAUUUUUCCAGGUACGUGACGGCGUGUUCUAAAUCUCUUACAACGUUGACCAGCAAAACUGUUGAUUUCAGAUACAACGCAGUGAGACCACCGAACAAUGAGAACAAUUGCGAAACUAAUCCUGAGGACGAAGAGUACCAACGUCAAGUCAAUAGUACCAAGUAUUAUUAACUUCUUGUUUUAUCGUGUCGACUCGCGACGGAAGUUCGAACAGUAUUUACACGGACUUAAUUUAAAUAUAUAUAUAUAUAAUGUACGAUGUAACGUAGGAAAUAAACGUGAU